UUGAAUUACAUGACGUAGGCAAUUUGUUUUCAUUCUUAAAAAAAAAGUUGUUUUGAAGUCGAAGUUUUGGUGUGCGAAUUGUGCGAUUGAUAAAAUAUCAUGAAUAUUUUACCCAAAAAAAGGUGGCAUGUUCGCACAAAAGAAAACAUCGCCAGAGUAAGAAAAGAUGAAGCCGAGGCUGCAGAGAAAGAGCGACAGGAAAGAUUGCGAAUUGAGACUGCAGAUCGUGAAGCUAGACUUAAUGUACUCAAGUUAAAGAGCAAACAAAAGCUUGAGGAAUCGGGAAUCACAGAGACUAAUCAACUUCAACAAAGUGCCACUCCAUCUCAGCAUAUAAAUUUAUUUGAAGACCUUGACCAUGCUGUUAAAUCAACCAAUAAAGAACAUGACAAAGAAGUCAAAGAAAAAAAGGAAGAAUAUGAAAAGAAAAUUGGCUAUCUAACCUAUCUUGGUCAAGAUACAAAUGAAGCUCUCAGAAAGAAAAACUGGUAUGAAGUUGCACCAGAAGCAUCAAGAUUUUCACGAUCAAAUGAUAUUAAAGACACGUAUGACAAGCUGGUUUUAAAAGAUGAUGAUGGUAAGCCAAAAACAAAGGAGUUUGAUGUGACAAAUGGAGAAGUUGCUUGGAAAGCUAAACAACGUUUAGAUCCCCUUAAUGCUUUCAAAAAGUACUGUCCAGAAAAGAUAAGAAGUCAACCUAAACCAACAAAAUCAACAAGUGACAGCCUCAAAACAACUGAAAGAUGUAAGGACAAAAAAAUACUUAAGAAAAACAAAAAAGAUAAGGUAGAGAAAAAUAAAAUGUUACAAAAAUUAAGAGAAGCUCGCCUGAAAAGGGAAAUGGAAGAAAAACGUAAAACUGAACUUUUUCUAACUCAGCUACAUGAACCUACCCCUGCCGAACCAAAAGAGCAUAUUAACAAAGUGAAACCCAAAUACAACUCACAAUUUAAUCCAGAAUUAGCUAGACAAAAUUACAGAUAAUGAAGAAAAAAAUUUUUAAGCAUGUAAAUAUUUAUUUAAACACAAUAUAUUAUGUAUUAUUUAACAAUAUAUUAGAACUUAAGAAUAUAAUUUACGGAAA